GCGCGCGGUGCCGGCGUUUCGCGGUGUGCUGUGUGCCUACACUCUCCUCCUCGAUUCUCCUCAUUGUGCCGCGACUCUUAUCCAUAGACGCAUCGUUUUAAUCCGCAGAAAGAAUAGAAGAGAUUGAAAAUAAAGAAAACAAACAGAGAAAACACAACAAUUUACACAUCCACCAUACAUACACAAUCCACAUCACACAAUUCUACACUCAAAUCUGUUAUUGUGAUUAUCUGUUGUUCGCAUCCGAUGAUCGGUGCUGCUCAUCCCCCCAGCAUUUAACUGCUGCUCUUCAUCGUCCUUGUUAUGAACAAAAGUUGGUUCCUCAGCUGCAGCCUGAACAGCAGCAGCGGCAGCAACAGCUACAACUAGUGUGCGCAAAAACUCUCAGCAACAGUUAUCUCCAGUUUCCUGGACUAUCAUUUUUCUUGUACAAAUUACCUUAGGAUCGCAUGGCGACUCAAAGGGAUGACGGUUAAUUGAAAAUGGCAUCACCGACUCCUUCCAUUGAAUCAUUACCUAGAGCUAACUCGAUUGGAUCAUUUGGAGAUCACGCCGAUUAUAUAUCAAUUUCAUCUUUGGCAGAUUCGCCUCUGACUGUAAGCGGAUCUUCACCACCAGUCAGCGAUUCGACAGACAGGGACAACGAUUUAAACGCCCAGCAGUGUUUGCAUUGCAGAGAGUCCACAACCGACCACAAGUUACUGCCCUGUUACCACGCAAUCUGCACCAACUGUUACGAUACGAACAAGUACACUUGCCCAAAGUGCCAAAUAGAUUCGAUAGAGGGCAUUUUGAGUAACAUUUUAUUUAGUGCGGGAGAUAAUAACACCGGUGGAACUGGUGAAUUAAUCUCGUCAGCUGUCCGGUGCACAGGUUGCAAGACUAAGAAGUUGGACGCGAUUGCUCAUUGCGUCGACUGUGCCAACUACCUUUGUUCAAACUGCGUUAUGGCCCACCAAUUCAUGCAUUGCUUUGAAGGCCAUCGCGUCCUAACCCUCUCCGAGGUGAAGGACGACCAUAAGAAUGGUUCGACGUUCACAAACGGCGAGAAAGCUAUGUUUUGUCCCAAGCAUAAGACCGAAAUUUUGAAAUAUUACUGUCGCACGUGCGCCGUUCCGAUUUGCAAAGAUUGCAUCACUUUCGAGCACCCAACUAGUCUUCACGAGUGGGAACCUAUCAACGAAACUGCCCCUAAACAAUUGGAAGCCAUAACGCAUGCCAUCCAAGAAGCUAAAUCCAAAGCUACAGAUAUCCGUAAUGUUCUCAAGAACGUCGAACACGCCUCCAGUCGUUUGCAGAUGCAAUACCACAAGGCUCAGAACGAGAUUAACGACACUUUCCAGUUCUAUCGAUCGAUGCUCGAUGAGAGGAAACAAGAACUCCUGAAAGAACUCGAAAGCGUAUUCUCCGCAAAACAAAUCUCUCUUGGAGUUGCCACCCAGAAGGGCCAGGAAACCGUAGAGCAGAUAUACAAAACAUGCGACUUCGUCGAGAAACUUAACAAAUGUGCCAGCGUUGUGGAGAUUAUCAUGUUCCGCAAGUUGCUAGACAACAAACUGCACUCCCUCCUUAACUGCAACAUCGAUCAAAACGUGCAAUCUGCAUGCGAAUUAGAAUUUGUAUCGAAUUACCAAGCCAUUCAAGUAGGCGUCAGAAAUACGUUUGGCUACGUGAGGUCCAAUUCAGAAGCCGUGGUAGGACCCAGCAAGCAGCCACCAAUUGCCAGACCUACCGGCGGAUCGAGUUCAAGUGGAAGCAGUGUUAAUGGUAGCUCUGGAAGUUUGAAUGGUGGAAUCCACUGUCCAUUCUCUAUGUCGGGAUCAAGUCAGUCGACAUCUCCGUUCGAAUCCAACAACAUAAUUUCGAAAAGAUUCAGCAGCGUUAACAGCUUGGGGCCAUUUUCGACGACUAUCGGAGACUUGAACUUAAAUGGAAAUCCUUACGAAAAAUGGUCAAACGGAGGAUCCGAUAGCAUUUUCCAAAACGGCACCACCGAUCCGUACAGUACGUUGGCCAGUACCGUGAACACCGAUUCAAUGCUCGAUCUGACAUCCAAAUUGAUGACCACCACUAUUUUCCCACCGAAAUCACAAAUCAAGAGACAGAAAAUGAUUUAUCAUUGUAAAUUUGGAGAGUUCGGUGUCAUGGAGGGGCAGUUCACUGAACCGAGCGGAGUUGCUGUUAAUGCACAGAAUGAUAUCAUUGUUGCCGAUACUAACAAUCAUAGAAUCCAGAUAUUCGACAAGGAAGGACGUUUCAAAUUUCAGUUUGGAGAAUGCGGAAAGAGGGAUGGCCAGCUUUUGUAUCCCAAUAGAGUAGCCGUUGUUCGCACCAGCGGCGAUAUCAUUGUUACUGAAAGAUCGCCCACACAUCAAAUUCAGAUCUACAAUCAAUAUGGACAGUUUGUAAGGAAGUUCGGAGCAAACAUCCUGCAGCAUCCCAGAGGUGUAACGGUCGAUAACAAAGGACGCAUUGUCGUCGUCGAGUGCAAAGUGAUGCGUGUAAUAAUCUUCGAUCAAACGGGAACUGUUUUGCAGAAGUUCGGAUGUUCCAAGCAUCUGGAGUUCCCCAACGGCGUUGUUGUCAACGACAAGCAGGAGAUUUUUAUAAGCGAUAACAGGGCGCACUGUGUUAAAGUGUUCAGCUACGAGGGGGUCUACUUGCGUCAAAUUGGCGGCGAAGGUAUCACCAAUUAUCCAAUUGGCGUUGGGAUCAACGCGACUGGUGAAAUUUUGAUAGCGGAUAACCACAACAACUUCAAUCUAACCAUCUUCACGCAAGACGGUCAACUAGUUUCCGCAUUGGAAAGCAAAGUGAAGCACGCCCAGUGCUUCGACGUCGCACUUAUGGACGACGGCUCCGUCGUGUUGGCCAGCAAAGAUUAUCGGCUCUACAUCUACCGCUAUGUUCAAGUCCCACCAAUCGGGCUCUAAAUGUCUCUAAGACCGUUUCUCCUAUUAUUUUUGGGUAUUAUAACUUUUGUUGAGAUAUAUAGCCCUAGUCGGCCCCCAUUCCCUACACUUUUUGUUGAUGCAUUUUUAAAUAGGAGUGGUGGCGCUACUUGGGGUGAAACAAACAAACAAACAAAAAAA